AUGAUAGCGUCGAAGGAUGCACCUGUCGGCAUUAUCGACCCUGAUGACGUUGGACUCUUUGCCGCUCAUCUUUUGUCUCAAGAAGACCCCACUAUGCACAACACGGCCAGAUAUGUUCUGAAUAGGCCAGAGGACAUUACUGGGAAGCAGAUUGUCGACAUGGUCGAGCAGCACAUUGGUACGCAGGUUGAGGAAGUCAGCUAUAAAGACAUGUCAUUCAUCAACUUGCUUUAUGAGCACAUUCAGGCACCAAAUCAUCAGUCAAAGAACAUUGUCUUGUCGAUCAAGCACACCGCAGAGAUGGCAUGGGAAGGAGAAUGCUUAACUUCUACAACGAGCCGGAAUGUACUAGAGCUCGCCCCGCCCAAGGGCACACCUGCUGAGGUGCUGGCGGCCCUUUUGAAGGAGUAA